AUGGGUAGAGUUAUUCGCAACCAGCGUAAGGGUCGUGGAUCCAUCUUCACGGCCAACACACGCCUGAACAAGGCUCCUGCCAAGUUCCGUAACCUCGACUAUGCCGAGCGCCAUGGCUACCUUCGAGGUGUAGUCCGAGAGAUCGUCCACGAUGCUGGUCGUGGUGCCCCUCUCGCCAAGGUCGUCUUCCGCCACCCCUACCGAUUCAAGCAGGUCACCGAGACCUUCAUCGCCAACGAGGGCAUGUACACUGGCCAGUUCAUCUACGCCGGAAAGAAGGCUGCUCUCACCGUUGGCAACGUUCUCCCCCUCGGUGAGAUGCCUGAGGGUACCGUCGUCUCCAACGUCGAGGAGAAGAUUGGUGACCGUGGCACUCUCGGCCGUACUUCCGGCAACUACAUCACCAUUGUCGGCCACAACCCUGAUGAGGGCAAGACCCGCAUCAAGCUUCCCUCCGGUGCCAAGAAGGUCGUCCACUCCGGCUCUCGAGGAAUGAUCGGUAUCGUCGCUGGCGGUGGCCGAACUGACAAGCCUCUCCUCAAGGCUUCUCGUGCCAAGCACAAGUUCGCCGUCAAGCGCAACAGCUGGCCCAAGACUCGUGGUGUUGCCAUGAACCCCGUCGACCAUCCCCACGGUGGUGGUAACCAUCAACAUAUUGGUAAGGCUUCUACCAUCUCCCGAUACGCCGCCCAGGGUCAAAAGGCCGGUCUUAUUGCCGCCAGAAGGACGGGUCUUCUCCGUGGUACCCAGAAGACAAAGGAGUAA